CGCAGCGCGACGCGUCCGGCCAGGCGCCCGGCAAGACACCGAGGAUGAAACUGCUGUGGAGAGCGAAAAUGACCACAUUUCAGGAUGGGGGUGAAGAGGUAGAAGAUGGAGCUGUCUACAAUGUCACCCUUAAAAAAGUGCAGAUUCAGCAGGCUGCCAACAAAGGAGCAAGGUGGCUGGGGGGUGAAGGAGACCAGUUACCCCCAGAGCACACUGUCAGACAGUAUGAAACAUCCAAGAUCAGGGCUAUAAAAGCUGGAACUUUGGAGAAACUGGUGGAGAACCUUCUCACAGCUUUUGGAGAUGCGGAUUUUUCCUACAUCAGCAUCUUCCUUGCAACAUACAGGGCAUUUGCAUCUCCCAGGGCAGUGCUGGAACUUCUUCUGGACAGGUUUGGAAACCUGGAGACCUCAAGCCAUGGAGAAGUGCCAAACCUGAAUUCCUUGGACUCUGAGAUGGUACUCAGAGCUGAAAUAGCAUCAGUUUUACGGGCCUGGCUUGAUCAGUGCUCGGAUGAUUUCAGGGAGCCCCCUGACUACAUGUGUUUGCUGAAGUUGCUGGAUUAUCUGAAGAACAAUAUGCCAAAUUCUGACAUGGAGAGUAGGGUGCAGAACCUCUUGAAGCAGUUUCAGAACCAAGAAGUAGAAGCUGUUGAUUUUUGUAGCACUUCCUCCAGUGACCUGGUUGAUGGAGAGGAACUGGAGAUCAGCAAUCCAGAAGAAUUCUCCUCUUUUCAAGACCACAUUGUGGCAGAACAGUUGACAUACAUGGAUGUGAUGCUCUUCAGAAGAGUUGUGCCCUACCACUGUUUGGGAUCCAUCUGGUCUCAAAGGGAUAAGAAGGAAAACAAGAACCUGGCUCCAACUGUCAGGGCCACCAUCACUCAGUUCAAUGCAGUCACUAAAUGUGUCAUCAGCACUAUCCUGGGGACCAGGGAGCUCAAAAUCCAGCAGAGAGCCAAGAUCAUUGAGAAGUGGAUUAAAAUUGCACAUGAAUGUAGGAUCCUGAAGAAUUUUUCCUCCUUGAGGGCCAUCAUUUCAGCUCUGCAGUCCAACUCCAUCUAUCGGCUGAAGACCACCUGGAUGUGUGUUUCAAAGGACAUCCUGCUGAUGUAUGAAGAGCUGUCUGAGAUCUUCUCAGAUCAUGACAAUUAUCUGACAAGUAGGGAGCUGCUGAUGAAGGAAGCAACAUCCAAAUUUGCGAAUCUGGACAGCAGUGAGAAAGAAAAUCAGAAAAAGUCACAGAAGCGACUUCAACUUCAAAAAAACAAGGGAGUGAUGCAAGGCACAGUCCCUUACCUCGGCACCUUCCUGACUGAUCUCAUCAUGCUUGACACAGCCCUUCAGGACUAUGUUGAGGGUGGCCUGAUCAACUUUGAGAAGAGACGAAGGGAAUUUGAAGUUAUUGCCCAAAUCAAGCUCCUGCAAUCCUCAUGCAACAGUUAUUGCCUGAUACCAGACCAAAAAUUCAUUCAUUGGUUCAGGAGGCAGCGACACUUAACAGAGGAGGAGAGUUACAAACUCUCACGUGAGGCUGAAGCAGCUGCUGAUACCAACAUCCUGUCUCCAAAAUCCCAGAAAAGCAUGGUGAAGAGGAUCAGCACACUUUUUCUGGGCACCGAUGUGUUCACUCCACCCAAAGAACAACCCCCAAAGAGCUCUCCUGUAGGAGGGAGCUCUGGGGAAAGCACGGAUUCAGCCAGUGUUUCAUCGUGUGAGUUUAAUCACUCUGAAACUGAGGAUGUGUUUGUGACUCCUGUCUCUAGUCCUGAGGACCCUCUGAAAAAGAUCUCUGACUACCCCUUACCCUGCUGUUCUCCUGACUCGUCCAUGAGCACACCUUCCUCAGGGAUGUCAUCUUUACCCUCAUUGCUGCAGGCCUCCAACGACGACAAGAGCUCUGUGGGCUCUGACAAGGGCUAUGACUCUGACAAGGGCUCCAUCAGCUCUGACAAGGGCUCCAGCUCCAGCAAAGUCUCCAUCUUUGACCCUGGCUCGGGCUUGGACAGUGGCUCCAUUCCCACCAGGGACUCGGGCUCAGUGGCAAGCAGUGCCACCAAAGUGCUGCCUGUGUACAACCGACAGAGUGAGGGCUCAUGCAUCAUCCGGGUCAGCAUGGAUGGGCUCCAUGCUAGCGUCUACAAGAGCAUCCUGAUAACCAACCAAGACAGAGUCCCUAAUGUCACCCAGCGAGCCUUACUAAAGCACAACCUCGAGCCUGAUGCAGUUGAAGAUUACGAGCUUGUGCAGGUCAUCUCUGAGGACAAAGAGCUGGUGUUCCCCCGUGAUGCCAACGUGUUCUAUGGCAUGAACAGCCACGUGAACUUCGACUUCAUCCUGCGGAAGAAGGCAGAGCUGGUUGGCUGAGGCUGCCCCUGCGCUGCCCUCCUGGGUUACAGAGAAUCUGUCAGAAUUCCCUGUUGAAAAUGUGCAACUGGAGCAAUGGGCAGCCCUGGUGCAAAGGCUCCAGCCUGCUCCAUUUGUUUCGAAGACACUCAAUGAGCCAACUCUGUUAAUGAGAGAAGAGUCUCCUUCAUGCCAGUAUUAUAUAGAAGAUCAUCUGAACUUAAAAAUGAACUGCACUUGCCUUUGCAUGACCAUCAUGAAUGGGACAGACACUACUUUGUGUUGGAUGGAGGUCUUAACCAUCCUAAACAGGAUGGUUUCCCUUGGACUCGGUUAAGCGAUGGACCAGAAAUCAGUGCCUUUUGUGUGCAUCCCAUGUGAUGGACAGACAUCCUCCCAGUGUGCAGUUCCUCUGUUGGAACUGAACGUUUAAAAGCCAUAAGUAAGACAUUGGAUUGUAAGCAGCCCUGAUUUGAGAUAUGUGAAAUACAUACAGUAUUUCUGGUUCUGGUGGUAGCACUGUGCAUCCCACUGUGCAAAUCUAGAAGUUAUUAUCCAUGCAGAUAGCUUAGGAUUAUUAAGGAUCAUUAGUUAAAAUAAAUUGUUAUCCACGCCUGGGCCGUUUUCCCCCAAUUCUGUGGCACUAAUUUGCAAAACAAAAGUUUUACACUACAUUUGGAUUUAUCACUUCUGUUUACAGGCAGGUAAAACAGACUGUACAGUAGGUCUACUGUACAUCCAGGAGUCCUGUGGUAGGUCCCACAAGCCUGGUGUAGGUCACACUCUGAACAAUUUAUGAAUUCCAGUUAUUUGUUUAGAGAGUGACAGAUGGGGGGGUUGUUACUGAGCCUUAAUCUUUGCCCAGAGUUAGGGCAAAAGUAGAAGUUCAGUUUUCUCUGCUUUUGGUGCCUGGACAAUGCAGUUGCUUGUGUACAUAGCAUUGCUCCUACUGUAUAUAGUACUGCUCACUGAGAGGGUGUAUGGCAGUAUUAAGCUGAAACAUGAAUGUUCUGGAUUUUAAAAUUACACUUUCCAAAUGUUUAUAUAUGUUACAUUUUUAACUGCUUACCUGUAAUCUUUAUAUGAUAAGUAUAUAAAUUGUUUUUCAUUAAUA